AUGAAACCCGAGCUCCGACAUUACUACAGCAAAACAGCUACAGAAUCCUCAAAAACUACCUCCAUAAGCCAGGAAAAGAUGGAGGGAGAGUCAGCACACUAUGGGGAAACACUCCCGGAAACCCCGAUGGUCAUCCGUGGGACAUACCCACGAUAUCGGGCAACUCUUGUCUCAGGCAAGCCCAAAAUGGCGGACGUCUUUCAAACCAUGGGGAUGAAGUCACUCUCUGCCUCAGAGGAUGAGUACCUGAGCGAUAUGCCGACCCAGACACCUCAAAGGAAGCAACAAACUGCACCACCAAGGCAGUCAGAACCACCACUAUCCACCAAGGUCGGCCUAUCAAGCAUGGUGAAUGACCUUAAGGCCUUCCUCACAGCAGAAUUAGCAGGCCUCAAGAUGGAGCUGAGCACACUUACAGGCCGCAUGCGAGCCACGGAAGAAGUAAUCCAGGACUUGAGAGCCCAGCAUGAUGCCACGGCAAAGCAAACGCAGGAGCUAGUAACCACAUGCUCACAACUAAACGCCCGAGUGGGGCAGCUUAAAGAUAUGGUGAGACAGAGAAAUAUCAAGCUGAAGGGGAUCCCAGACACCGUGACAGCAGACGAACUGCUGCACCUCAUAAAGAGGCUGCCCUACCACCUAAACAGGCCAAAGGACUGA